AUGCCUGUGAGGUCGAUGAUAUUGCUCAGGAGUUUCAACGGGUUCAAAGCGGGCUCGUUUAGCCCACUAAGAUUUGCGACAACAUUGUCAGCAACAGAGAACCAGUCCAAUGAUGUGGUCUAUAAUCAUGGCCGAACACCGAAGGACGUUGAUCAGAAACUUGAGAACCUCCCAACAGAUAUCUUGACCUUCUUAUUGGAGGGAAAGUCGAUGGGACAGGAGACCAGCUCCGCCUUCACAGUCAAGGGAUUGCAAGACAUGGCCAAGUACUACUUCGAGAAGUCCGGGAAAUUGAUCCGGCCAAAGGUGGCACUUCUUAUGAGCAAUGUUUGCAAUCAUCAAGUCAAGAAUUCGGGGUGAGUUUGGUACAUUUGAUGAAGAUGAAAUAUAUUGUAGACAUGAUGCAGAUCUCGAUAAAAUUCAAAGGAACCAAUAUCGGAUUGCCAUGGUGGCAGAGAUGAUUCACACCGCCUCUCUCAUCCAUGAUGACGUAAUCGAUGAAGCCGGAACGCGAAGGGGAAAACCAACGGCCAAUGUAAAAUGGGGAAAUAAACGAGUAAGUAUGAAAUAUGAGAAACUUAUUUCAAGGCUGUUCUGGGUGGAGAUAGGAUCUUAGCGAGAGCUACCAAACUGCUCUGUAUGACAAAAGAUCCUCAUGUGAUCUCGACGAUGGCAUCUAUUGUGGAUAACUUGGUGGAUGGAGAGUUUAUGCAAUUGGAAGUUAAUCCCACAGCUGAUGCCAUCACACGAUUUCAGCAUUACAUGCAGAAGACUUACUACAAGACUGCCAGUCUCUUUGCGAAUUCCUGUUUGUCAGUCGCCAUCUUGUCAGGUAACCUUUGUUAUUUUAUUUAUCGUUGAUUUUCUUUAGAAUGUCCAGUUGAAUACCAACAGAAGGCCUACGAAUUCGGGCGACACUUUGGUCUUUCUUUCCAGCUCGUGGACGAUAUGUUGGACUAUGUGGCCAGUUCAUCGGAAUUAGGAAAGCCGUCGGUAGCUGAUCUGAAACAAGGUCUGGCCACUGCUCCUGUUCUUUUUGCGGCUCAGGAAUUCCCGGCCUUGAAUUUAAUGAUAAAUCGUCGAUUCUCAGAAAACGGAGAUGUUGAGGAAGCUCAUCGUAUUGUACUAGAAUCGUCGGCCCUCGAACAAACUCGAGAUCUCAUCAGGCAUCACACAGAGACCGCUGUUUCCAUGGUGAGGGCGUCAUUAUGAUUGAUUAUACUUUUCAGGCAAAAGAAUUAGGCCAAUGUGGAUCUGGUGAUUCCCUAGUCAAGCUGGCCAACUCCCAGGUUCACCGGGAACGAUAG